GCCGCUAUAAAAGCCAUGACGACGCCCACCAGUUCGUGUACUUCACUGGCCACCAUGAGGACUGGUAUCGUAUUCUUCACUGUCGUGGCCCUCGUGGCCUGCGCCUCCCUAGCUGACCACCACAUAGAGAAGAAGGAAAUCGCGGACAAGACGUUCCUCCAGAAGCAGAGGAACAUCCUGCGCCUGCUGUACGGGAUUCUGCAACCCAACUUGUUCAAGGAUCAAAUGGAAGAGGGGCUGAACUACAACCCGAAGGAAAAUAUCGAUAAAUACGAGGAUCCAAAAGUGGUGUGGAAGUUCAUGUCGUUGUGGGAGACUGGCACGGUGUCCAAAUGGGAGCCCUUCUCCUUGUACAAGAAGCCCCACUGGAAGCUAACUAUUGCUCUAUUCGACAUCUUCUAUUUCGCCAAGGACUACGAUACGUUCUACAAGACGGCCUUAUGGGCGAAAGGCAAGGUGAACCCCAAGAUGUUCUAUUACACCAUCAGCGUCGCUAUCAGGCAUCGCGAAGACACGAAGGACAUCCUGUUGCCUCCUCCAUACGAAGUGUAUCCAUUCUUCUUCGCGAAGAGUGACGUCAUUCAGAUGGCCGAGAAGUACAGGAUGAAGGAUGUUGACGACCCCAAUCACCACACACACAUCAUCACAGUCAAUCAAACGUGGACGAACAUGGACCAGAAGCUGUCCUACUUCACAGAAGACCCCGGCCUCAGCACAUUCGUCAUGCACUACGGACAUCUGUACCCCACAUGGUUCAACUUCACACUGUACGGUCAUCACAUCGACCACUGGGGCCGACAAUUCUACUACACGCAGAAAAUGUUGUACAACAACUACUUCCUGAACAGGCUGUCACAUAAUAUGCCCGACGUUGAACCUUUCGUCUACACGAAGCCCAUAAAGACCGGAUUCUAUCCGAAGAUGAUGUAUCACAACGGCCAGGAGAUGCCACCACGACCCAAAGGCAUGACGGUCACUAACUUCGGCAAAUACUACAUCACCGAAGUCAAGAACUAUGAAAGGAGGAUCUUGGACGCCAUUGACAGCGGCAAAGUGUAUGAUGUAAACAUGAAUCCUCUCAACCUGUAUGAUGGUGACCAUGGGCUGGAGUAUCUGGGCCUCAUGAUGGGGGGCAGCAAAAACUCCCCCAACUACUAUAUGUACGGGUCCCUGAUGCACCUCUACCUUAAGAUGAUCGGCUGGGUUACGGACCCACAACACACUCUUGGGCUCCCACCCAGCGCCCUGGAGCACCCUGACACCGUCCUGAGGGAUCCCGUCUACUACCAGGUGUUCAAGCGCAUGGACCACUUCUUCCAGAAAUAUUAUGACAGGCUGCCUCACUACACGCACGAACAGCUCGGCUUCGAAGGAGUUAAGGUGGAAAACUUGGACGUUGGCAAGCUUUACACUUACUUCGAGCCCUUUGAGUUCAGUCUGGACAACGCCGUGUACGUGAAGACAGACGACAUCCCGAAAGUGGACAUCGGCGUUCGUCAGUGGCGUCUUAACCACAAGCCCUUCACCUACAAGCUCGAGAUGACCAGCGAGAAGGCGACCGAUGUUUACGUGAAGGUCUUCCUGGGCCCCAAGUACAAUCACCUAGGCAAGGAAUACGACAUGAACGAGCGUAGGCACUACUUCGUCGAGCUGGACACCUUCCCGUACCACGUUCAAGCUGGCAAGACUGUUAUUGAACGGAACUCCGACGACUUUUCCGUAAUUUCUCCGGACCCCGACAGGUACAGGACAAUGUACAAGAAAGUACAAGACGCAUUUGAUGGCAAAACACAAUAUUACAUUGACAGGACCAUCAAGAAAUGCGGCUACCCAGCGAACCUGCUAUUGCCAAAAGGCCAAAAGGGAGGAAUGACCUUCACCCUGUUCGUCAUAGUGACGCCGUACAUCAAGCAAGAUGAGCACGACAAUGAACCUUAUGACUACAAAUCAGUCACUUACUGUGGUGUCGGUCAUGGCCGCAAGUACCCCGAUGACAAGCCCAUGGGAUUCCCCCUGGACCGCGAGAUCCAAAUCGACGAGUUCUACACACCUAAUAUGUACUUCAAGGAUGUCAACAUCUUCCAUAAGUCAUAUGAAGAACUCACCCCCACAACUCACCGGCCGUCAGAGGGGGUAGGAUUGUGUACAGCAGUGACCACCAUGAAGACAACACUGGCGCUCGUGUUCCUGGCCACAGUGGCCAUAGCAGCUGCGGUCCCGAGCCACGGACACAACAACAGGUUCCUCGCCGACAAGCAGCUUCUGCAACGUCAGAAUGACAUCCUGAAGCUUCUUGUGCGCAUUGAACAGCCCAACUACUACGAGGACCAGGCUCAGCUAGGCAACACGUAUGACAUUGAAUCCAGCAUUAAAGACUACAAGUACCCUGAAGAGGUAAAGAAGUUCGUGUUUGCCUACAAGAAGGGCUUCCUGCCACGUGGGGUGCCAUAUUCUUCCUACUACACCAGCCAGAGCUACGAGACGGAGCUCCUCUUCAAACUUCUGGUCGCGGCCAAAGACUAUGACACUUUCUACAAGACCGCAGCCUGGGCUCGUAUCAACAUCAAUGAGCUUCAGUUCCUAAUCGCCUUCAGUUCCGCCGUCUACGCACGCGAAGACUUGCAGGAUAUCGUACUGCCCGCUCCGUAUGAAAUCUACCCUUACCUCUUCGUGGAUGCUGACGUAAUUCAGAAGGCCUAUGAGACAAAAAUGUGGGACGUGGGACUGACGUCGCAUAAGACGUACGUGUUCCCAGCUAACUACACUGUGUACACCCCUGAACAAAGCGUCAAGUAUUUCACAGAAGACCCGGGACUCAGCACCUUCUACAUUAACUUCUAUUACAACUAUGCGCCCUUCUUCAAUGGAACGGAAUACGGCGUUCAGUACGACCGGCGUGGAGAUCUGAUCUACUACCUCCACCAGCAGCUUUUGGCCCAUUACUCUUUGGAGAGGCUGUCCAACGAUUUGCCCGACGUCGAACCUUACUACUAUGACAAGCCCUUUCAGACCACGUACUAUCCCAACCUGCGAUACCCCAAUGGGCAGGAAGUGCCUGUCCGUCCCUACCAGUACACACAAAGCAGCCUCUACGGCCACAGCGGGCACAGUCUCUACGAAAGCAACUUUGAAGGCGGGAAUAAAGAAUAUUACAGUGGCAACUACUUGACCGGCAACUACCAGCCCACCUACUACUACGGUUACGCCAACAACUAUAAUUAUUACUACCCAGAGGACAUUCAGUUGUACGAAAAACGCAUCCUAGAUGGCAUCGAUAUUGGGUUCCUCGUCUCUGAGGAAGCUAAAGUCAAGUAUCCUUUGUACGAGGACUACUUGAAGGGCAUCAAUUACCUUGGUAACGUCAUUGAGGGCAACGGUGAUAGCAUCAACAAGAAGUUCUACGGAGCCAUUCUCACCUCCUACCGCCAGCUCCAGCCCUACAGUAACGUCCCGGUUGCUCCCAGCGCCCUCCAGAAUAUCUUCACUGUCCUGAGGGACCCAGCAAACUACCAGAUCCUUAAGCGCAUCGACUACCUCUUCAGGAGAUACAAGAACUCCCUGCCUCAAUACACCUACCAGGAGCUCGCUUUCCCAGGUGUUACGAUUGAGAACGUCGACGUCGACAAGCUGAUCACCUACUUCGACUACUUCGACAUCGACCUCGACAACGUGGUGAACGUGAAGACGGCCGAAGACGGCCAGUUCAUUGACUACCGCGCACGCCAGACGCGCCUGAACCACAAGCCAUUCACUUACAAAAUCGACGUGAACAGUGAUAAGACAACUGACGUGUACGUGCGGGUCUUCCUGGGCCCCAAGUAUGACUACCUGGGCCGCGAGUUCAACAUCAAUGACCGCAGGCACUACUUCGUUGAGAUCGACCGCUUCCCAUACAAAGUCCAAACCGGCAAGACAACAAUCCAGCGCAACUCCCGGGAGUCCAACGUCGUGGCCUCCGACUACCCAAGCUACAGAACCCUGCUGCGAAAAGUGGGUGACGCGCUUGAAGGCAAGGACCAGUUCUACAUCGACAAGACCGAAAGCUACUGUGGCUACCCCGAGCGUCUGCUGCUCCCUAAGGGCAAGAAGGGAGGCCAGGCCUUCACCUUCUACGUCAUCCUGACGCCUUACAACCAGCAGGGCGAACAUGACUUCGAGCCUUACAACUACAAGGCCUUCAGCUACUGUGGAGUUGGAUACAACAACAAAUAUCCUGAUGACAAGCCUCUUGGCUUCCCCUUCGAUCGCCCCAUCUCCGGAGCGGACUUCUACACCCCCAACUCGUACUUCAAGGACGUGGUUAUCUUCCACAAGAAACAGGAGGAUGUGAAUGCAGCCACCACAUACUGACGGCAUGCCACAGAACUAGAGGAAAAUAUAAAUAUGUUAAGUUAUACUGGACGGUCCAAAAGUCUCUGUGUUAUGUAAAUUAAAUUGCUAACAAAAUUAGACAUAAUGAUUGUUUUGGAAAUAAUUUAUUUCAAUUGUAUAAUUAUUCGAAGUCACCACACAUUUCAAAAUAUAUGCAAGCUACUCUGAUGAAGAGUGGCAUCCGCUCACCCAGGGACUUCUUGACCAUUCUGUAUGACCAAUCCGUCCUUCGUUAUCUGUCGAUGAAAGGCAUGGACCAGGACACUCUCCGGAAUUUUACAUGUUUAGAGACAAUAGUUAUGUCCUCCAGUACAAAUGUCGUCUUUUUUACUAGCUUGCAAUAAAUGAAAGUGAUUGAAAAG